AUGGCUACUACGAAAUAUCUCUUUCGCUACAAGACCCUUGGGGGAUACUUCCUCCAGGAUGACCCCGGCACCUCAGCGAAAGACUUUGAGUUCACCAAGACGAACUUCGGCCUAAUCUCCCGAGCCUACGAUUCUGACAAGACCCUCCCCGACGGCGGAAAAGGGAUGACGGACUGGCAACGAUUCGAACAUCAUCUCACCAAGCUGAAUGAGGAAGCUGCACAAAAGGCAAAAGAAAACAACGGUUCUGCCGCCCAGGUCAUCACCCAGUACAAGCUACUCUUCCUCGGCCGCCAUGGCAACGGAUAUCACAACAUCGCCGAACGCUACUAUGGCAGUGAGGCUUGGGAUUGUCACUACUCGCUGCUGGACGGCGAUCCAGAUGGCAUCAUCGUUUGGUCGGAUGCGCACUUGAGCAAAGAGGGUCUUCGACAGGCGAGGGACGUCAACGAGUUCUGGAAGAAACAAAUGGCCGAGGAGAAAAUGAGUCUUCCGCAAGCAUAUUACGUCAGUCCCCUUGAUCGAGCACUGGAAACUCACAAGGUCAGCUACGACGGGCUUGUGUCGCCAUUCGAACCAAUCGUCAUGGAACGUCUGCGUGAGGGCACAGGCCUCCAUACCUGCGACCGGCGCAGUUCCCUCUCGUACAUCCGCAAGCACUAUCCGACCUACAACACUACGCGUGACCGUUUCCUCACCGAAGCCGAUGAGUUGUUCGAACCCAAGCUUCGCGAGCCAGACGAAAAAAUCGAGGAACGCCUGGGCAAACUGCUUGACCAAAUCAUGGCCGAGGAAAAGAACGAACGCAUCAGCUUGACUAGCCACUCGGGUGCCAUCGGCGCCAUGUUACACGUCUUGGGUCAUCGUCAAUUCUCUGUUGCUACUGGAGCCGUCAUUCCUGUUCUGGUUCAAGUCGACAAGAUUGCAGUCCCAGCCGCACCCGCCGUUCCCGGUGAAACGAAGCGUGAUCCUCUGUCUCCCAGACAUGGCGGCAAGGCGGAAGGCGGCUCACACGCCGCAGCAGCAAACAAGGCUGACAAUGACAAUGUCUCUGCUACCACCACUGGCGACUCGGACUCGGAUCUGUCCUCCUUCCCCCUACGUCCCGACGUCGACGAAAUAGACGACAAGUCCACCUGGAACCCUGCACCUCCGUGCCCGCCGGGCCUCGACCUAGCUAACGUCGGUUUCGAGCGUAAGGGAAUGUCGAUCAAAGACUUCGUCGCCGGCGUCGAGAAUGGAACCAUCCAGCUCGAAGAAGUCGCUUUUCGAUCCAAUCCGUGA